AUGGCUGCGUCGAAUUACUCCUUGAAGGUCAACAGAGACCUGUUAGACCCCAACUUUGAAAGCUACAGCUUUUUUCUUUGCAUCUCUGCAGCUGUGGAGGAGGUGAAGUUGAAGGAUACGCAGUACACCCUGGAGCAUAUGAGGGCUUUUGGCAUGUACAAUUAUCUGCAUAUAGAUCCUUGGUAUGAGGACAGUGUUUUAUUUGUGGACUGCAAAGGACGGGUUCUCAGUUUGACUGUCACUCUGGACACCGCCUUAGGGAAACCCAGAGAGGUUUACCGAAUCACCACAGACCCGAGUUCCUGUGAGGAUCGUCUCUGUGCCUCCCUCAGCCUCACCUCGGCGACAUGGGCAGCCCUGUCGGACGGCGCCGGCAGACUUUACCUCCUCCGAACGGGCAAGAGGGGCGACAGCUCACAUAUGAAGUGGGACUCGCUGUUCAGUGAAGACAUGGGGGAGCCGUUCAUCAUCCUCCACAGUAUAUCACAUGUUGACGCUGGAGUCCACACCAUCGAGGUCCUGCUUCUCCGCAUCCAGAAGGACCCACAGGAGACAAAAGGAAGCGGAUACUCUGUGUCCCUGGAGUGGAUCACGGUUGGCAACACUGCAGCACAAGGUCAGGAGAAGGUGUAUGAGGUGAAGAAGAGGAGGGUCCUCAGGGGGAAGACGGUGCCUCACUACGCAGCGGUGGAGCCGCAGGGGAAGGGGCUUAUGGUGGCCUCCGAGAAACCAUUUACCUUCACACACGUGGACGGUCGCCCUGUGGAGCAGCCCGACCCAGAACCUAUGGAAGUGGAGAAGACAGAUCCUAUUUACUUCUGGCAGCAGACAGUAGAGGACAUCACUGUUUGUGUACGCAUGCCUGAAGGUAUCGCUAAAGAAGAGGUGCAGUUCAGGCUGACAGCAGACACCAUGAGCAUUGGAGUUCAAGGGUUUGCUCCUUUGCUUGAAGGCCAGCUGUAUGCAUCGGUUGACCCUGAGGCCAGCGCCUGGAUCAUCAAAAAUGACAAAAGUCUGGAGGUGACCUUGCAGAAGCGCAGUGAGGGACCGAUGUGGCCUGAGCUGGUGAUGGGCGACAGAAGAGGAGAGUAUGUGAUGAGUGAUGAGCAGGCUGCCCUCAUUCAUGAAAGACUGACCCACCUCACCUCUGAAGAUCUGAAUGGGAACCCUGACAGGGACAAGCCCUCUUGUAACUCUCAGGAGCUGGAGGACUGUGAUGGGUUCCCAGAGGACAGCUCCAGCCUCACACACUUUGAUGGACAAUCGCUCAAACCCACUCAGGUGGUGAAUCUGGGCAGCCACCAGUAUCUGUUCACUGUCGACGUGAAUCCGUCUGAAAUGCCGUGUCUCUGCCUUCGACACGAUGUCGACGCUCUAGUGUGGCAGCCACGUCCGGACCAACCCAGCAACAUGUGGGAGCAUGUAGCUACAUUUAACGCCUUGGGUUAUGUGCAGGCCUCCAAACGCGAUAAGAAGUUUGCGACCUGCGCUCCAAACUUCUCCUACGCCUCACUGUGUGAGUGUCUGCGCCGCGCGUUCAUCUACAGGCAGCCUUCACCCGUGGAAACCGUCCUCUUCAACAGGAAGCAGGGUCGUCAGAUCGGACAGGUUGCUAAGCAACAGGUGGCCAGCCUGGACUCAGACAAACCAAUCCUGGGCUUCAGAGCAACCAACGAGAGACUUUACAUCCUGACCUCCAGUAAUCUGUUUGUGCUGAAGGUCAAUAAUAAUUAAAUCUGGGACUAGGUACAUAUUAAUCUAAUUAAAGCAGGUGAGAUCAUUCCAAAGUCAGGAUGUGUUUUAUGUCUGACAGCUCAGUCUGUACCUACGUUUGCUUGUUUCUGUCUUUUUUUUUUGUUCGUAUAAAUCAUAUAUGAGCUGCAAAACAUCUUUAAGAGCAAAAACUAGGGCUGGUCUUGAAGAAUAUGGUAAUAAAUGUCAAAUAUUAGAGCAGAUUUCCAGAAAAUUCAUUAAUAAAAGAUACUGAAAU